UAGCUCCACCAGGAAAGGUUCAGAAAACCAAUGACCAAGAUUACAAAAUGAACAUGGCCAUCUACAAAAGGGCAAGGGAUAGUACAACUGCAUAUCGAGCCAGGGAAGUGGAUGAAGUGCAGGACGGAGUACUAUCUGGUUACCAAGGGACUAGGCCCAGGGACUAGUCAUUCUCAAAUAUUUGUUGGAACAUCCAGGUUUUCAGGUCCCUACAAAAGGAGGACAAUGUGGGGGCUUGCCUAAUUUCCCUGGGGAGGGUGUUCCAGAGACGGGGGGCCACCACCGAGAAGGCCCUCUCCCUUAUCACCACCAACUGUGCUUGUGACGGUGGUGGAAGCGAGAAGAGAGCCUCCCUGUCAGAUCUUGAGAGCCUGCACUGGUUCAUAGGGGGAGAUGUGGUCCCAAAGAUAGGCAGGACCCAAACUGUUUCAGGGUUUAUAGGUAAAAACUUGCACCUUGAAUUGGGACUGGAAACUUAUUGGUAGCCAGUGGAGCUGCUUUAAUGGAGGCUUCGUACGUUCUAUUAGGUGGAUCUGUAAUUGGUUUAGCGACUGAACCCAAGGGGUUCUCACCAAUGAUUCCUCUUCAUCCUGGGAAUAUUUAUUGAUUUAUUUACAACAUUUAUAUCCCACCCUCCUCACCCUGAAGUGGAUUCAAUGUGACUUACAAGUUAUAUGUACAUACAAUAUUAUAUUAUUAACAUAGCACAAUAUUAGUAUCAUAAAGUGACGAGUGGAGUGCCACAGGGUUCAGUCCUGGGUCCAGUUAUGUUCAACAGCUUUAUUAAUGUCUUCGAUGAAGGUUUAGAAGGCGUGCUUAUUAAGUUUGCAGAUGAUGCCAAAUUAGGAGGGAUAGCUAAUACUCCAGAGGACAAGAUCAGAAUUCAAAAUAACCUUAACAGAUUACAGAGUUGGGCAAAAACUAACAAAAUGAAUUUCAACAAGGACAAAUGUAAGAUACUACACUUAGGCAAAAAAUAAUAAUAAAAUGGAUAGGAUAUGUAAGUCUGUCUUGACAAAAGUCCAUGUGAAAAAGAUCUUGGAGUCUUAGUGGACAACAAGUUGAAUAUGAGCCAAUAGUGCGAUGUUGCAGUUUAAAAAGCCAAUGGGAUUUUGGGCUGCAUCAAAAGGAGUAUAGUGUCUAGAUCGAGGGAAAUCAUGGUGGUCUUUGUAUUCUGCUUUCGUUACACCUCACCUGGAAUACUGUGUCCAGUUCUGGGCACCACAGUUCAAAAGGGAUAUUGACAAGCUGGAAGGUGUCCAGAGGAGGGUAACUAAAAUGAUCAAAGGUCUGGAGACCAUGUCCUGUGAGGAGUGUCUUAAAGAACUGGUAUGCAGGUGUUGGAGCGUGAGGGCGGAAUAGCCACCGGGAAUGGGCUGGACAGCCCCACGGCAUCUGAUGUCAAACCAGUUUCUCCUUCACCUACUAAGCCCCCUCCCUUGGACCUCUUCAACCUAGUUGUGUCAUAUAAACAGCUGGAGCUGUAUUUGGAACCACUUCAAGAUGUUGCUGAGGGUGUGUGGUUCCUCCUCAGCUGGCAGAUGCCUCUCUGUUCCCUUCUAACUUGCCUUGGGAUCAAUCUUCUGCUGCUGACCCUGAGUGAAGCUGCUUGGUAUGGGUUGUUUGUCCUACUGAUCUUGGUGCCUGCCAUGUUGGGCUACCUGCAGGAAACAUGCCGCAUCCGCCUGAGUGAAGAAGAAUUGGCACGGCGUAGGUACCACAGUGUGCGACGUGAGGAUGUGAGAAAAGUUCAGCUCACUCGAAAUGAGGCUGUGGCUGAAGUGAAGGGCUUUUUGGUCCAGUUAGAGGCCCUCCUGAGCCGGUUAUGUGGUAGCUGUGAGGCAGCCUAUCGUGUCCUUUAUUGGCAGAAUCCCUCUCUCUCUUCACAGUUUUAUGGAACGCUGAUGGGUUUCGCAUGUGCCCUCUACCUGCUGCCCUUGUGUUGGGUCUUUGUUCUUCUCAAUAAUGCCCUUUUCUUGGGCAAUGUUGCAUUUUAUCAAGUGAUGCUAGAACUGAAAUCAGCAGUAGAGUUACGCUUGGGCCUCAGGCCAACAGUGAAGACUCCAGAGCCAGUAGAGCUGGAUGCUGGAGAAGUGGGCACUGGAGUCCUUCCAGACCGGACACCAACACCCACCAGCGUUGAGGAUCUGACCCCUGGCAGUGUAGAAGAAGCAGAGGAGGCAGAGCCUGAUGAUGAAUUCAAAGAUGCAAUUGAGGAGACCCAGCUGCUAGUAGUAAUGGAGGAGGAUGACAUCUCCCAGUGCUCUGGAGAGUUUGAGCUGGGCCUUCCUGAAAACCCCUUAAUGAGCAAGAAUGAAGCAAUCCGCAGGAGGGUGUCACAGCUGAAGGAACGUCUGCGCAAGCGCUACCCGAGUAACAACCUCAGUGCUGGCCUCGGAGGGAGCUGUGCAAACUGUUCAGCCACAUUUUCUGUAUUAAAGAAGAGGCGGAGCUGCAGCAAUUGUGGAAACAUUUUUUGCUCCCGGUGUUGUUCCUUCAAAGUUCCCAAGAGCUGUAUGGGUGCUACAGCUCCUGAUGCUCAGCGAGAGACUGUAUUCGUAUGUGGACACUGUAACCAAGCGCUCACCAAAUGAGAAGGCAAUUUGGAGGCUUACUGUAUAUCCGUCUUUGUGGGGAGCAGAGACAGAGUCCUUCUACCCCUCCCUAUCCUUGGAACAGGAGAGGGAUAGUACCUUUUGAGUAUGCUAUGUGACCCCGCUCCUUCUGUUGCGAGCAACGAUGGAGAUGUCCUGCAGCCAUGAUUUAACUGUGUAGGAAGCUCUUUAUGCACUGAGUACUGUACGCUUUCCUCCCUCCUGGCAUACAUCCUAGCUCCAGAGCAAACAGUUCUUUGCUUGCCUAGAGCCGUGAAUGUCUGGUCAUUCUCACCAGAAGUUGACCAUCCUCUUUUGUUGGGGGCACUUUUGGUUUCAAGACUGCCUGGCAUCAGGUUGGCUGUUUUGCUGCUAAGUGAAAUGUCAGUUCUGUUUUUGGUUUCAAAGUGGAGGCUGGUUCUUCCUUCAGCCAGGAACCAUAGUUGGCUCUGGCAAGAGCAGGCUCUUGCACGUUAAGAAAUCUGGCUGUCCAACCUGGGAUGAGAGCAUUGCACAGCUGGACCUGUAUUUUCUCCCCAGUAUCAGGUGUGGACAGUACUAUUGCUCCCUUCUAUAUAUUCAUGCUUUAGACACUGCUUUCUAGAUAGUUGCUAGCUAGGGCUCUUCAAUCUGCUCUGUGUGGGAACUGGGAGCCUUGCCUGCUUUGUCCCUGCAGCAUUGGCAGGCACAGGGUCUACUGUAGACAACCAGAAGUGAUUUUAAUCUCAGAGUUAGACAGGAAGUGGUGGAUCCCUUCUACAGCACUGGGACAUUUGUGGACUGAUGCCCCCUUUUUAGUAGAGUAAACUUUUUCAAUAAAUAGUGACCUGGGAGAAUGGAGAACAAUUAGUUUUUUGAUGGUGUAUGGGAAUAGGAUGAAGGGGGGGGGUCUAUCUAUGCAUAAGGACUAGAGCAUUGUAAAUAUACUUUUGAGGUUUGCAUUUCCAAGUCUCUUCCAGCCAGGAUGGUCACUAGCUGUGCUGACUGGGGAAUUCCUGGAGCAGUAAUUCCAAAAGGUAAUUUCUGCAUUCUCUGGUUAAGACUGUUGGAGAAGAAUCUUAAAUAUGCUGCUAUAAGAUGGAAUAAUAAUAACUCUGAUGCAAGAAAGGGGAUUGGAACACUGACACAAUGUUACAUUUUGAAGUGAGAGUCCCCUUAGCUGUAUCCCUCAGAAGACUUCAAAAAUGCAAGCGGCUGAAUUGAUCCAUAUCUAAAUGUAGAUAUGCAUUCAUCAAAACAUAUUAUAUUGUGGUAGCAAAAAUCCUGUCCUGCUCCCUCUCUGCUCCUGGGAAUCUUGCUGUUGAGUUCAAGGAGAACAGGGAAGACUUGGAUAGGAGAAGAUGUUGUGGCUAAUCAAUAAGUCUAGAUGUUUCAUCCCUACAAGACCUGGUUUGACUACAUAAGAGAGUGCACAGAGUAGCUGUUCUACGGCCAUUGGUACAUAGAGGAUGGAGAGACCCUUGCAAAACAAAAAAUGUAGAGCAAAUGGGUUAUAGUGCACUAAAGACAUGUGAGUUUCGGAGGAGACGUGGGGGAAGCUGCCCUCUGAACUACUGCCGCUCCAUGCAGUGUGUGAAGCCAGGGGCUCUAACUGUAAAUUAGGAUACAGUGGUGUAGUGGGUGUUUAUAGAGGCAGUUUAAUUGGGAGAUGUCCCAGAAGUGCAUGGUGAUGCAUUUCUCACUUCAUCAGGACUGAAGGAUUGUUGAGGCAAGAGUUGGGAGGAGGGAUGGGUGAAGCAGGAACACAAAGGCGGGUAUAUACAAUAAUAAAUUGAAAUUGGGUUCAGGAAAACAGAAGGAAGUAUGUACACAAUAUGGAGGAGAAUCUAUUUAACAGAAUCAAAGAGUUGGAAGAGUCUCCAAGGGCCAUCUAGUCUAUCCUCCAGCCAUGCAAGAUGUGAUGGGGUUGUUUGUUCACAUGACUUGAAAGGUGGACCACACCAAAUAAUGGUAAAUGCUUCUAUGCAUAUUGACUGAUAAAAGGGAUCUCCAUAUUUUAUAUAAUGCGAUCUUAUUGGGUGGAUAAGCACAUGAGUUUUGUUGCUUCUGAAAUGUGUGCCAGAAAUGAAAUGGUGGACUCGACUAAUUUACGUUAUGGGACUAUAUACACAAUUAUUCACAGGGAUGUUAAUUCUAUUAGAAUAAUAUGUAUAAAUGUUAGGUGUCAAAAGAACUAAGAUUUUAGAAAUCUGGUUAUAACUUCCUUUUUACUUUCUUCCUGCCAUUAAAAAAAAUGAAUGCAGCAACUGAGUUAUUUUGAGUCCUAGAAGUAAUCCUGCUUGUAAUACUUUCAGCAAGUGUUUUUGUACAUUCACAAAGGUGAAUAGACUCCCUUUCAUAUUUCUCUUGCAUAAACAUUUUAGAACUCAUCCUACAAAAAAAUAUAGUUGGCCUUUAAAAGGGCUGACUAGUGUGUUUUGCCGCUCUAAAAAAGACUUGAAGACUUUCAAGUGAGAUGACUGAAGACCUCCUAAGGCGACAGGGUUUUGUGAAGUGACAUUCCUCCUCUUUUUGCUUACUAAAUAUCAUGCGCUUUUGUUUGAGAGUAGGAAACAUUUACAUGUGUAUUGUGGCGAUAAGAUGAGAACUAAUUGAAUCUUUAAAGGAGGCUAAUAGGAAAACUGCAACUAGAUUUUUGAUGUGCAGAAAGGGAAUAGGGGGAGGCUAAUGUCUUUGGCAGUGAUGCAGUUUUAUAAUUUGAAUUAAUAGUCUGGGGAGAGUGAGUGGGAGCAACGUCAGAUGACAAUAUAAAUUACUUCAUUUCUUUUAAAAUGAGGUAUGCGAGCCAAGCUGCAUUUGAAGUUCUUCCUCAUUCUGCAGUUUGCAGUCCUGGAUUUUGCUCCCUGCUCCCAGUCAUAGCCCAGUGGCCUUACAGAGCUCUAUAUAACUAUAUGGACUAGGAAGCCAUCUUUUAGAUUUUUUUUUUCUGUGUCGGGAGCAGCUUGAGAAACGGAAAGUCGCUUCUGGUGUGAGAAAAUUGGCUGUCUGCAAGGACGUUGCCCAGAGGACGCCCUGAUAUUUUGAUGUUUUUACCAUCCUUGUGGGAGGCUUCUCAUGUCCCCACAUGGAGCUGGAGCUGAUAGAGGGAGCUCAUCCGCGCUCUCCCCAGGUUGGAUUCAAACCUGGCAGCCUUCAGGUCAGCAACCAAACCUUCAAGUCACAAGACUUUAACCCUGAUAGGCCUUGAUAAUUUUUUUGAUCACAAAGACAGUACUUGCAUUUCUUUUCAAAUGGAGCCAGGUCAUAAUGAUCAGCAGAGUUCCUUGUGGAUUCUGUUACUUCAUGAAUAGUCAUUGUGAGGCAUAAUACAGGAAAUACAUGCAGGAGAGGGGAGCCGGGAGAAACUUAAGGUACAAAAGUGCUUUAAAAUGGUUAGUAAAGAGAGGUUAAGACCACAUUCUCUUGUGAGUGCUUUUGAACACUGAACUCUGGUGUUGACUCUUUUCCCUCAAGGGAGUGAGUACUCUCUAGUCUCAACCAUAAAUUAAAAAUACUUCCUUAGUCUAACCAGGAAAAGAGACUGCAGAUUCAUUAAUAUCAUGCCACUUCUUGCUUGUGUUUGAAUCUUGGACAGAAAUGUCACUAAUGAUUUGGAUCCUUGUAUAAAGCAAACCAUCUCUGGGAAAUGAGCACAGUCAUGGCGCUUAGAAACAUUCUUUGGAGAAAGGUUAGCUUCUGUCACAAGCUCAGGGUACAAUGAGCUUGAGGAGAAAUAAACUGAAAAAAGAACAAGUCUACUUUGCUAGCCAAAAUUCGCAUAAUGUUGCAUAUGUUUUGAAUCUCAUCCCUGUUGGACCUUUUCUGGUGCUUCCAGCAAGUCUUCAGGUUUUACAACUACUGGUAAUUCAAACAGUUGGAUUUUCUUGGACACAUCAUGGAUUCAAGUAUUUUGUAACACUUUUCAUUUUUGUGUGAUGGAAUAUUGAAAGUGAAUAACAAUCAUCUGACAGCUGUUCAUAUAUAUUAUCUGGUCAUACAGAAAGUGAAGCAGGGUUUUUUGUGUGUUCCUUUCCAUGUAAUUGCAAAUAAGAAAAAUGAGAAGACGCAUGCUACACAUCAUGCACUUGUUAUCAGUAUCCUGAAGCAAACAGAAGAAUUGGUAAUCUGAACCUUCCCUCUUCUUGGUGAUGACCUCCCAGUCGGAUGAUUCCCUAGUCUUGCUGCUUAGCGGAAGUCAGGCUCUGCUAUAAGCUGUUGCAUUUUGCCAGUGGGCAAUGGGCACCUGUUGCUAUUCCUAACCAAGAAUAGUUCAAACUGGAGACUGAAAUAGCAGCAGAGCUCAAUCAAUACCCAAAGUAAUCUCAUUAAAGCCUCUGGCUUGCUAAUUAGCCCUCUCUAGGAACAGGCUGCUUGAAGAUAGCAGCAUGUGGAGGGGCAAAGUAGAAGUCAAUGGAUCUGUUACUCAAGCUUUUGUACAGACAACAUUUUUCUCAUAAUUCCCUGUGUCAUUGGUGCAGUGACAUUUUCAAGUAGAGCAAAGGGCCAUUUUUUUUUACAGAAUUAUACAUCUCAUCAUAACAUUGCUUCAGGGAUGGAUCAAUAAGCAGUUUCCUAUAGAUUGUUUGCUCUUGCCAGAUUCUCCCACAAGGAUAGCCCAAAGCUUUUAUUGCUACCAUUUAUUCUACUGUGAUUGCAGAUUGCUGCUUUCUGCAGGCCAAGCUUGAGAGACAUAAUACUGCUGUGGGGCAACUAAUAAUAGCAGGAGCAACUUGGGUUGGGUGGUGAACUCUCUCUCCUGUGUGUAUGUUGUAAUCUACUGUUGCAGAAAAUUAAACUCAUUGGAGUACA